AAUUUAAUCGCAUGUUUAAAAGUUUUAAAGUAACAAUUCAAAUAGCGUUUAGUUUUUAAUAAACAAACAUUUACUUACUGGACGUUUGGUUUUUUGACAUAAUACAACAGACUUUAAUAUUUAAUUAACCUAUUUCUUUCUACUUGGAAUAAUCUUCCAGAUUGAUCAAAUCGAAGCCAGUGAAUAUAUUCUCUACAGGAGCCAAACAUAAUCAUAAAUCGUUAUAAAAUGACAUAAUCGGUAUUUCGUCAGGUUACAAGCUUGGAAUUAAUUAUUUUAUUUACUUUCGCAUUUUUAAAAACGAAAGUUGCAAAAAACUAUUAACUUAAAAAGCAAAAUAUUAAAAGAAAAUAAAAGCAAAUAAACAAAAAUGCAAAAUGUUAUGUAUCAAACAUGAAAUUAUUUACAGCAAGCGUAGUUACAGAACGAUUUGAUAAAUACUUUCACGAAAUAAGUUAAUACUUGGUUAAAAUAAAUAAUAUUAAGAUUAACCCAGAUAUAGAGCAUAAAAAUGUUGUCUUAGAAAGCAAAAAUAAAGAUAUAAAUUCGACAAAAUGUCAGUCGUUAAAAGGAAAACAUAGAACUGCAAAAUUAAAAAUGAAAGUAGAGUAAUUAUAAAAUAGAAAGGCAGAGGUGGAAAAAAUUUUUUUAAAGUAAACGUAAAAGUUGAAAGAAACGCUAACUUACUUAAAAAAUGAAGAAAAAUUGUUGCAUAGCACUACUGCUUGUUUUGAAAAAAACAUAAAAGUAAUAAGAUUGUAUAAAAGUAGAGAAAAAUUUAUUGUUGCAAAACUAAACCAAUUAUAUUUAAACUGGAUCAAAUAUUAAACCAAUCAUAUUACAGCCAUGGUAUUGAAGCAUUCAAAUUUCAAUUGAACUAGAAAAUUGAAAAUUUAGGGAUAAAAUGAUUUCAAUUGUUUUGUUAGUUAUUAUUAUCUCGUUUACAACUGCAUCAGAAAACGAAGCAUUUUUAAUGGACGGAGACGUAAUGAUUGGCGGACUUGUUUCGAUUCGUGAUAGUGGCGGUAUAAACAAGCAAAUGUGCGAAAGCGAUAUAAGUACGCUUGGCAUUAUUCGGCUUGAAGCAAUGAGAUAUGCUGUUAAAAAGGUAAAUAGUAAUUCAAAAUUAUUGCCUGGUUUAAAAUUAGGUAUCGAAGUUCGCGAUUCGUGUGGCAUAGAAACAAGAGCAUUGGAUGAGUCUCUUCAGUUUAUAACUACCCGAGGAUCAGAAACAUGUGAAUUUAAAGAAAACAAGGGAAAAAAUUUUUUUGGGGUUGUUGGAGACGCUAUUAGUCUUACAACAAUGGCCUCAGCAACUCUUUUAAGAUUAUUUAAAGUUCCCCUGAUAACGUACGGCGCAACUAGCACUGAACUCUCUGACCCGAAUAAAUAUAGCUUCUUACUUAGAACAGUUCCUCAAGAUUCGCUUCAAGCCUAUGCUAUGGUUGAUUUUAUAGAACAAUUGAAUUGGACAUCUGUGUUUGGUCUUUACUCAAUGGGAACAUAUGGAAAAUAUGGUUUUGCAGAAUUUUUGAAAAUGAGUAAAAACAGUUCAUUUUGCGUUGCUAGUCAAAAAGAAAUACCAACAACUGCUUCUGAAGAUGAUAUCAAAAAAAUAAUUGAAGAGUUUAAUCAAACACAAAGAAAUAUAACUGGAAUUAUUUGUUACUGUGAUUAUCAGGAUACAAAAAAAAUUUUACAAGCGAUAGAAAAAGCAAAUCUAACAACGCAUUAUCAGUUAAUAGCAAGUGAUGCGUCAUACCCUAUAAAAACGAAAAAUGCUAUUAUUUUUUCGCCUCACUACAAUUUUUCGAAUGUUGAAGAUUUUUAUAAUAAUUUAAAUUAUAGUCUAUUACAUGGCAUUUCCAACCAAUCGCAUAACUUGUUACUACGUGAUAAAUCCACUUGGGAAACAAAUCCUUGGUAUAAACAAGUUUGGGAGCAAGCAGGUUUUUUAUACAAAGAGAAUAAUAACGAAUCGUUCAAAUAUAACUUAAGCUCCUUCCUAAAUGUAGCUUACCAGAGAGAUGAUAAAAUCCCGUAUGUUAUGGACGCAGUUUAUGCGUACGCACAAGCGAUACACGAUUAUAUUUUAAAUGUUUAUAACGGAAACAUCAGCGAAUACAAGAUGCAUAAAAAUAAUUCAGAAGUUAACAGAACGCUGUUUUUUUCAAUUUUAAAAAAUGUACGAUUCAACGGUACCAGUGGUAUUAUAACAUUUCCAGUAAAUGGCCACUAUGAUAUAACCUACAAUUCAGACGAAGUGUUUAAAAGAAUCGGAGAAUGGAGAUAUUUAAAUGAAUCGGGAAACACAUCUUCCAACAGACUAACAAUCUUUAAACAAAACAUAAGUAUUUUUUACAAAAACAGUUCGUGUCAAGAAUCGUGCAAUAAAAGUGUUGGACAAAAACGUAGAUGCUCACAAGAUGAUUGCUGCUGGAAAUGCCAUACAUGCAAUAAUAACGAGUAUUUAGAGACACUUAAUGCGUAUGAUAGAUGUAAAGAUAGAUGUAAACUAUGUCCAGUGGGUUUUAUACCAAACUCUACACGUAAUGGUUGUAGUCAAAAAAAAAUCAGCGUAGCGUGGAUCAUUGUUAUAAUACUGUUGAGUUUAAUUGGAUUUUCUCUUAACAUUGUUACUAUAGUUACGUUUUUAAAGAACAACUCAACGCCUUUAGUACGAGCUUCUGGCAGAGAAAUGAGUUAUUUACUUCUAGCUUCUAUUUUUUCAAUAUAUAUUAUAUCAUUUAUAAUGAUAUCAUUAGAAAGAAAAUUAGUUUGCAACACACGAAUUGGUCUUGAUAUAUUUUUUUGCGUAUGUUAUUCCUCACUAUUAAUUAAAACAAAUCGUAUAGCAAGAAUUUUCUCUGGCCGGCAAGAUGUUUCGUUUUUAACUCCACAAUGGCAAGUAAUUAUAUUAUCGUUGUUAGUUUUUCCUCAAAUUUGCGUUUCAAUUUUUGAACUUCUUCGAUCAAGAAAAAUAAAUGAUGGCCAAGUAACCAAGAUCAAUACACAUUUUGUCCAAGAGAAUGAAUGUCACAAAGAAAGAGAGGAGUUUUUUAUUAGUAUUUCUUAUAAUAUUUUAAUCAUAUGUCUCACUACUAUAUAUGCAUUCAGAACUCGAAAAGUACCAUCAUUUCUUAAUGAAGCUCGUGAUAUAGGCUUUGUCAUGUACACAACGAUUCUCGUACGCAUAGUAUUUUUGCCUGUGUUUUUUGGGGCAUCAGCAGAAUUCAAGACAAUAGCAAUUAUGUUAGACACAAUCUGCUUAGCAACAACUUUAAUAGUAGGUAUUUUUGCAAGAAAAGUUUAUAUAAUACUAUUUAGACCAGAAAAAAACGUUGCAUUGAAAUCAUCGACAUUACUUUCUCAAAUGACAGAUACAGUCGGGACAGUUGACACAUAAUGUUAGAUAUGAUUUUAUCCGUUUACUUCACUCUAUAUAAACACGCUAUGUUUAAUUUUUAUUUAUUUUUUACAAUUUAUUUUAUAUUUAUA